UCUCGACUCACGGUCUUUGAUGUUACCCAGCUCAGGACAAGCGCAUUCGAUCAUGACUGAACAUUGCGAGCACUAUGGCUGCAACGACAAUGGAUUACCACCUGCCCUCAAUUCUCUCUUGCAAAGUCGUUGCGCGCCCGAUGAGCAAGGCUUGCGUGCAAUACAAGUCGCAAUCCUAAGCUCGCUAAGUGAGUCUGGACGCCUCCCUGCAAGCAAUAUCAUCGAUGACAUUGCGGCGGACUCCGGUAAAACAGGAUAUGAGAUAUUGAGUGCAUUGCACGAUCACGAUUAUAUACGAAUGGAUAAGCACAGGAACAUUAUCGCUGCCUAUCCGUUCUCAAUCAGACCAACGCGUCAUCGUGUCGAACUGCAAAGCGGGGUAGCAGUAUUUGCCAUGUGCGCGAUAGAUGCUCUCGGAAUCCCGCCUAUGGUUCACAGCGACGCAACAAUGCACUCAAGGACAGAGUCUGGCGACGAAAUUUGUAUUAUCUUCCACCAGCAACGGGUUAGCUGGGACCCCCCCGAAACCGUUGUUUUCGUUGGAACGGCGUCUCACACAGGCGCUGCUGCGGAUGUUUGCUGCGAGUAUGUAAACUUCUUUGUCAGCCGAACAAUCGCAGACUCCUGGGUACAGGCUCAUCCGGAGAUAACAGGGACGAUUCUUGAUCAGCAAAGGGCUGUGCAGCUAGGUGCCACAGUUUUUGGCAUGUUGCUUCAGUAGGAAGCUUUUUAUUACAAGUGUAGCACAAUCCAAUGUAAUCUGUAUCUAACAGCAUAAACAUAUG